UUGUCGCAACAAUGGUAAACCCAGACAGAGCUCUUUAAAAGCUCCCGCAACUUAAGAAUUUCAUCAGUUAAGUUAGUAACUCAACAAAUACACAUAUAACCAUAAAACAAAAUUGCAAUCAUGAAACAAGAGAGGGACACGACGCGUUUAGGAUACGUUGGAAAUAUUCACCAUCGGGGGAACACCGACGACGACGAAGAAUUUAAAAGAACGUACGCGUCGGAGCUGACUUUGUCAGAGAAAUAUGGCAAGACGAUACAGCAAACUUCAACAACUGAGAAAACAGUCAAAGUAACCGCUUCAAAGGUACAAGAAGGAGAAAAAACCUACUCAUUUACCACUUCAUUAUGGGUAAUUGGAUUUGUCGCCACUUUAGCCGUCUUUACUGGCUCAAAAAUUGGAAGAGAAAAUAUAAAGAGAGUGAUAACAGAUUGCCGGGAACCAGGAUCUAUACCUUAUGGUUCUAUCGUUGUAAAUGAGGAAGAAGGAACAAAAUAUGGAGCAAAAGCAACUGUCGUCUGCUCACACGGAUACUCGAGUUCAAAUCCGGAAGCUGUAUGCCAAGCGAACGGAAAAUGGUCGUCUGUAUAUUGUCACGUGACUGAUUGUGGAAACACUUUACCACAAAUCGAAAACGGACAAUCAACAAUGAAUAGUGAGCAAGAUUCUACGUUUGGUGCAACAGCCACCGUUACUUGUGCCCCCGGAUAUCAGCGAAAUAAACCUAAGAUUUCAUGUCAGGCUGACGGGAUGUGGGAACAAGCGACAUGCCAGCCAGUUGAUUGUGGAAACACUUUACCAUUAAUUGAAAAGGGACAAUCAACAAUGAAUAGUGAGCAAGAUUCUACGUUUGGUGCAACAGCCACCGUUACUUGUGCUCCAGGAUAUCAGCGAAAUAAACCUAAGAUUUCAUGUCAGGCUAACGGGAUGUGGGAACAGGCGACAUGCCAGCCAGUUGAUUGUGGAAACACUUUACCACCAAUUGAAAAGGGACAAUCAACAAUGAAUAGUGAGCAAGAUUCUACGUUUGGUGCAACAGCCACCGUUACUUGUGCUCCAGGAUAUCAGCGAAAUAAACCUAAGAUUUCAUGUCAGGCUAACGGGAUGUGGGAACAGGCGACAUGCCAGCCAGUUGACUGCAGUAAUCCAAAGAUUGAACAUGGUCAUCUUGAGUGGGACAGCACAUUGUUUUUGUCACAGGCUACUGUGAAAUGUGACACUGGUUACGCACCAAGUCAACCACAUGUCACAUGUACAGCUUCCGGUACAUGGCAGAAUGUUGUAUGCUACAACAUUGAUGAUUGCUCCAACAAUCCCUGUAAAAAUGGAGGCCAAUGUGAGGACAAAGUGGCAGACUAUGUUUGCAAGUGCCAGCGCGGGUAUUCUGGGAAAAACUGCGAACUUGACACUAGAUGUGCUAAUCAUCAGUGUAAAAAUGGAGGAAAAUGUGAACCAAAUCCGAAUGGCUACACGUGUAAGUGUCCUCCACACAUAGAUGGCAACUUUUGCGAGAGUCCACACCAAGGCUGAAAUUUUAAUAAUAAAAAUAAUAAUAAAACAAUAAUGCUCAGAAAUUGACUAAGUGAGAAAUAUUGUUGAAAUUAAAUGGUUACAUACUGAUAUUGAACAAAUUGCUAUACGAUGUGAUUAGUCAGCGUGAUGUUACUCAAAUUAUGUGUUUAUAAUGAAAAAAGUGUUUAAGGUGACAAUGGUGACAAUUGUCAGUGAAAAUACCUAAAAUGAGAUUUUUUGCUUAGUAGAUUUAUCAACCUUUUCUGAACACAUUCGUGAUUUAAUUUUUGAAGCAGUUAGUCCAAAUAAAUGUGUUUUUAAACGUUUUUAAUUACGUUGCAUUACCGGUCCAUAAUACUCUUAAUACAUGUAUCGUACAAAUACUGUACAUCUUUUAUGAAUAUCUUGACUUUGAUCGUCUACAUUUUAUUUAGCCUUUUUAUAAAUUAAGAAAUAGUCGGCCAAGAUGUAACAUAAAUAAUUAAGAGUAGCCGCAAAUCGCACGACCAUGGGAAUGGUACAAACAUUGAAGCUGUCUAUUAUAUCAAUAAUGUAUGAAAUAAUAAUUUGUUUGUCCUGUAGUCUGUUAAACAUUACAUUGAGUUUAUGGAUAAUUUUACGGAUCUAAUAGCCUCGUUUUCUUACAAUAUAAAACAAGAAAAGCAUUGAUGCAGAGCAUCAAAGGGCGUCCAAGCAAGAAAUGCAGCAAGUGAAGAUGAACUAAUAGACAUAUGAUGAUAAGAUAUUCUUAUAAACUUUUCAAUGGUUAAUUGUUUUUUAACAGAAUUGUUUAUCACUUAUGAAUGAGCGGACGAAAGACAUACUGAACUUUGGUAGGCAUGCUACAUAUUAGAAAAUUACUUGUGGAAACUUGAAAUUUUAUCAAUAUUAACGAUAAUAUCCAAAAUAUACAGGUCAUUAAUAUACAAAAUAUACUUUCCAUAUGGUAUAACUUUAUUUAUACUAUAUAGAGGGUAUUUUUGGAUAUUUUUUUUAGAAUUUCAAGUUCAUGUGGUAUUUUCUUUGGACCAUACAAAAUAGUAGUCAAAAUCAAUAGUUCUUUUACAUUUUUGAAAUAAUAAAAUACAUAUAUAAUAUUAUAUUAUAAUUGUUUUUUUUAUUGUCAUAAAUGUUAUAUCGUGAUUAUUUAUGGCAACAGAUAUAUACAAUCAUUUCUAAUCCAUUUGUGUAACGCAUGAUCAACACCACACUUGUAUGUUGUCCCUUAUUAUGUUAUCGCUAUUAGCGAAGACCCCCUCCUAAGGUAUCUGUUCACACUUAGUAACAAUAUGACACUGGUUAUAUUACCAAGCAUUACGAGCACAAUUGUUUUAUUAUACAAUAAUUGUAAUAUUUAUUUUAAUAUUUUUUUACAUAUUUUAUGAAUAUUGUUUUCUUUUUUUCUUCUUUUUUUGUGUUUCAUGUGCUAUUUUAAUACUGAGUUUUUUUACGUUUACUACUUUUUUUUAUUAAAAUUGUAAAAUAAAAUUUAAGAAUUCAAUUGUCAUAUUGACCGACGAUUAUAAGUCAAAAAUUAACUGGAAAAAGUCAGUAAAUUAUGGUUAAUCUUUCAAUGUAUUAUAUUAUUUAUUCUUAAACCAUGUACAUGUACACUUGUAUUUUUCUUUAUCAUUUUUAAAAUUAUCAAUCAAUUGAAUAAUUCAUAAAAUUUAAUUUGUAACUUAGAAUAAUUCCUCAGAAUCUUUACUAAACAUCAAUAACAAAUAAAAUAAUUCAAAGUUGAUGGUGUCAUAUUAAUACCAUAAAAAUGUACCUUUUUACUCAAUUAUUGUACAUAUUUUUUGUUUUUAUCUCAUAUAAAUAAAAUGAAACAUGCUAUUGCUGUUGGUGGUGUUUUUU